AGAAGAAGAAGAUGAUGAAGCUGAUGAUGGUUCUUGCUGCAACAAGCGUAUGAAGCACUGUGUACAUUACAGUAAUGUAGUUUGGGGUCGCCAGCUUUUAAAUGGACGCAGCUAACGUUAGCUCGACCCUGCAGGCUGUCGCUGGAGUUGAAAGAAUACAAACCGAGAUGAUGACGUUAGCAUGAGCUUUACGUGGCUUUAUAAUGAUAGUUAGCGGAGAGGCUAGCUAAUGUUAGGUUGUUAACGUUGAGUUAAUCCUGUUGGACGGCUGUUAUGUAUCAACUAACGUUAGUUAAUGGCGCCGGACAGCUAACAUGAGCGACAUUUAUUUCCAUGUAGCUGAGGUGAAUCGACUCAGAUGAGUUGGUCGGCAGUGUAAACUUCUUCUCUGGGUUAGUCAUUAGCAGCGGACCUGAGGCAUUUCACCGUUUAGCUGCUGCUAUCCGCGGCAUGCUUCCUCUGGUUGUUUGAUGGGGCUUUUAAGGACCACGAUGCCGCCCAAGUUCCAGCUUUUGGCUCUUUUGGCAUUCGGAGUGGCGAUGCUGUUUAUUGAGAACCAGAUCCAGAGACUGGAGGAGUCAAGAGCCAGACUCGAGCGUACCAUUGCCAGACACGAGGUGGCUGAAGUAGAGCAGCGUCACAGGAAAGAUGCCGGGCGGGAAUUGUCACCACCAGCAGACAAAGACGACAUGGUCAUCAUCUACAACCGAGUGCCCAAGACGGCCAGCACGUCCUUCACGAACAUCGCCUACGACCUGUGUGGGAAGAACCGCUUCCACGUCCUGCACAUCAAUACGACCAAAAACAACCCUGUCAUGUCUCUGCAAGACCAGGUGCGCUUUGUCAGGAAUGUCACCUCAUGGAGAGAGAUGAAGCCCGGCUUCUACCACGGCCAUGUAGCUUAUCUGGACUUCUCAAAAUAUGGGGCGAAGGGUAAGCCGAUGUACAUAAAUGUGGUGCGGGACCCCAUUGAGCGCCUGGUGUCAUACUACUACUUCUUACGUUUUGGAGACGACUACAGACCAGGUCUUCGACGAAGGAAACAAGGGGACAAAAAGACCUUUGAUGAGUGUGUGUCAUCCGGGGGGUCUGACUGUGCUCCUGAGAAGCUCUGGCUGCAGAUCCCCUUCUUCUGCGGCCACCAUUCAGAGUGCUGGAAUGCGGGCAGCAGAUGGGCCCUGGAACAGGCCAAAUACAACCUGGUGAAUGAAUACCUGCUAGUUGGAGUGACUGAAGAGCUGGAGGACUUCAUCAUGAUCCUGGAGGCAGCACUGCCACGCUUCUUCAAGGGGGCCACAGAGCUCUACAAAACAGGAAAGAAGUCCCAUCUGCGAAAGACCACCGAAAAGAAGCCCCCCACCAAAGAGACAAUAGCCAAGCUGCAGCAGUCCGACAUCUGGAAAAUUGAAAAUGAGUUUUAUGAGUUUGCACUCGAACAGUUUCAGUUUGUGCGUGCCCACGCUGUCAGGGAAAAGGAUGGAGAACUUUAUAUCCUGGCUCAGAGCUUCUUCUAUGAAAAGAUCUAUCCCAAAGUGAACUAAAAGGGAAGCCAGGAAAGGGACACGGGCUGCACAGGGACUUAGAAGUCAUUUACACUGGCAGGAAAAGACACAGGUUCACCGAGUGAUGCUGGUGAACGCUUGAAUGCUUUUUCUGAGAAUUUUGACCUCUACAGUUCAGAAAAUCCCUUUCAGAUGGAAUUUCUACGAAGAAUGUGUCUAAUUUUUUUUAUUGCUGGUGCAGCUGUUGAGAAAAGGAGCGUUGGUCUGAACUGUGAGACAGAAGUCCAGCCCAGAGCAGGGUGAAAUAGUGAUACAUCUCACAGCCCAAACACAAGCAGCCUGUGAUUUUACAACAUUCUGUUUUUGGCUCAGUUUGAAAGCAUAUUUAAAAUGUGUUUUUCUGUGCCCCUGACAGGUUAGAGAAAGGGAAUCAGCUGAGAAAGAUAUCCAGCUUGUAUUAUACAUACACUAGGUUAUUGGUGCACAAAUUCUUGUUUACAUAGUUACAGAAGAUAAAACUGUUACAGAACAAAAAGAUCAGAGCUGCAUUUAUGAGCAUGCAGUGAACAUGUUUUUGGACCAAAUGGUAGCAGAAGAAAAUAGAUUGGACCAUAGCAUCCUUUGGUGCGUGACUAGUAAUUUUUUACCCCGCUGAGAUGUUUUUUUUUUUUAGACGUUUAACACAUUGCAUCAGUAUUUUAUGACAGGGAUAGUGCUGUGCAUCUUCGGUCCAACUGAUAGCCGCUGUUUCAGCCAGUGAAAGGACCACAGCUGGAGAAAAGUACCAAUCAAAAAUGAAUCGAAUGUUUUGAGUACAGGGUUUACCAGAGCUGUGACUUGUUCAUGCUUUCAUGUUCAGCAGAAAAAGAUGGAGCCGGAGGUCGAACUGAUAGUGCCUUUAUUACAACGUUUAGGACUCGUUUCCAACGAUCCCACAAUCAUGUUUCUCUUUUUUGUGUGUAUUCUGAUGAACUGCAGUUCCCUUUUCUCUUCUGUUUCACACUUACCCCAUUAACAACCUAAACAUAAAUACAUGACUGCAAA